AUGAAUAUGUAUCAAUACUGUCGGAUGUUCGUUGUGAUAGCGGAAGUAUUGUUACUGGCAACCACAACUUCCAGUCAGGCAGCAACAGUGACCAAGCCAACAGCGAAUAGCGCUGUUAUCACCAUCCCUGUGACCAUAAUCAACCAGCAGAGUACCUGUAAAGCUGUGGUGGCUUGUGAUGGGAAUUCGGAAGUGAAGACCGCAUUGACACUGCGGCCUGCGGGGGCAUUUCAGGCAAAUGCAAAUCGUGUAGAUCUGUAUUCUGUGGAUAGUCCGACAGUUAAAAGUGGUGAGUUGUGGCUGACAUUACAGAAUGGAAACCUGGCUCCGAUGGGAGACAGUGCCGGCAGUAUCUCACUGACACCAUUCUGUGAGGGAAUCACAUCAGGCUCUGUGAGAAACAGCUGUACACUGAAACCGGUGACCAGUAUUUUGUCCACGGCACCAGGAGGGCCGGUUUAUGGGAAUAUGAAAAAAUAUAUUAUUGCAUCUAUUGUUGGCAUGGGAAUUAUGAGUGGAACUGUGGCUCAUGCAGCUAACAAUGAAGUGACUUUCCUGGGGACUGUAAGUGCCACAACUUGUGAUUUGAGUACUUCUGUGAACGGAACUACUCAGCCGAACCAAGUCGUUCAACUUGGUACUGUUGCUAAAGGUGUUAUCGGUAAUGCAGUUAAUUUCGCAAUGAAACCGGCUAACCCGACUGCACCUGGUUGCCAGAACCUGACGCAGAAAACUGCUACUAUUACUUGGGCUUCCGCAAAACUUGAUAACGAAGGCUUCGGUGCAACUAGCGGUACAGCUACAGAUGCAAAAGUACUGGUUGAAAGUGUGAAUUCUAAACAACCGGGGGUUGUAAAUGCUAAUGCUAGUGUGAUCGAUUUUGAUGCGGCCAACCUGACUACUGACGGUCUGCAGUUCACAGCCAAACUGAGAGGCGGUCAAACUGAAGGUAAUGACUCAGAACUGAACUUGGAUUUUUUACAGGGUAUGAGUACUAUUCCUUCUGUAUUAAAGUCAGGUUCUGAUUAUCCGGCAGGACAGUAUUAUGUUGAUGUCAUUGUUAAUCAGGAAAACGUGGGUAAGGCCCAUUUGUCUAUUACGCCGCAGGAAGAAUCAGCGAACGCCCUGUGUUUAACUGCAGAUUGGUUGAAAACAGCAAGGGUUCCUGUUCGCCUGGAAGGGUAUGUAUCCACUUUUGAUGCAGCAAAGCAGUGUUACGUUCUCAGUCGUAAUCCUUAUACAAAAGUGGAUUUCAGCUAUGGUUCCCAAAGUUUAGUAUUCAGUAUCCCCCAGACGUUUUUAGUCAACAAGACGGAUCCCAGUCGCUGGGAUUACGGCGUACCGGCAGUUCGUCUGAAGUACUCAGCUAAUGCCUCGCAGACAUCGGGGCAAAGUACCAGUGCCUAUGCGAAUGCUGACCUGAUGGUCAAUUUCGGGCGCUGGGUGCUGGAUAGUAACAUGAGUGCGUCCCGGUAUUCUGACGGCUCAGGUGAGUUCACUGCCCGGGAUAUCACUCUUUCAACAGCCAUCAGUAAGAUUCAGGGGGAUUUGUUGCUGGGGAAAUCCCAGACCCGGAACUCACUUUUUACUGAUUUUGGUUUUUACGGGGCAGCGCUGCGCUCCAAUAGUAAUAUGCAACCUUGGGAAGCACGGGGCUAUGCUCCGCUUAUUUCUGGGGUGGCCAGCUCCAGUUCCCGGAUCACCAUUACCCAGAGUGGAUACACUAUUUAUUCGAAGGUUGUGCCACCUGGCCCGUACCAGCUGGAUGAUGUCCGCGCCGUAGGGAACGGUGACCUUGUGGUAACAGUGGAGGAUGCGUCAGGCCGAAAAACUACCACAACAUAUCCGGUCACCACUCUCCCGACACUGCUGCGUCCCGGAGAAAUCGAAUAUAACCUGGCAGCAGGACGCAAAUCCAGCAAUUACAAGCUGAAAGAACCUUUUGCAGACGGUGAGUCAGGAAUGUUCUGGAUGGGGAGUCUGGGAUAUGGUUUUGAUACGACCACUCUUAAUGUUGCCUCUAUUUUACAUGGUAAAUAUAAGGCGGGAGGGGUGAGUGUGACACAGUCGCUGGGGAGCUUCGGGGCAGUGUCAGCGGGAGUGAACCUGUCUCAUGCAGAGUAUGAUAAUGGUGAUAAGAAGCACGGUCACAGUGUCAGUGCCAAGUAUGCAAAAAGUUUCUCUGAUACCACAGAUCUUCAGCUACUGGCGUAUCGUUACCAGAGUAAGGGAUAUGUGGAGUUUGCGGAUUUUUACAGUACUGACCGAUAUACCCGUUAUAACACGAAAUCCCGUUAUGAAAUGCGGGUGUCCCGGCGACUGGGAAAUAGUAAUCUCAGCUUGUCUGGGUGGCAGGAAGAUUACUGGUGGCUGAACGGAAAAGCUAUUGGUGGUGAUAUUUCCUUUAGUACCACUGUUUUUGAUGGUGUAUCUGUUUUUCUGAACGGUAGUUACAGUAAGCGUCCAUAUCUGGACAAGGCAGAUUAUAGUACAUCGCUUUCUUUUAGUAUUCCGUUCACAUUAGGAGGGGUUCGUUAUUAUAACACAACGGGUCUAAGUUAUGAUCGUAGUGGUCAGUUGGGGCUGAAUAGUGGAGUAUCUGCAAGUCCAACAGAGCGUUUAAGUUACAGCUUGAACACGAAUUUGACCAACAGGAAAACCCGUAGUUUGAGUGCUAAUUUAUCUUAUGGUUUUGAUGCUAUUCAGACCAAUAUGGCGGUAACAAAAGCUCGAGACGCUACAACGUUAUCAGGUAGUGUGAGUGGCACAAUUCUGGGGACAACAGACAGUGGUCUGUUGAUGACAAAGGAGACCAGUAAUACGCUGGGAGUGGUACGCAUUCCGAAUGUAAAAGGUGUGCAGGUGAAUGGUUCGGCACCGACCAAUAGUAAAGGCUACACUGUAGUGAGCCUGUCGGAUUAUUCUUUGAACCAGGUCAGUGUAAAUAUGGAGAAUGUACCAGACAACCUGGAGCUACAAACUACAUCCUAUAAUGUAGUUCCGACAGAAAGUGCUGUUGUUUACCGGGAAUUUGGUGCAGAGCAUGUGUUGCGUUACAUCUUACAGGUGAAAGAACGGGAUGGUCGGGUACUUAACGGGGGAAGUGCACAGACAGAGCAGGGACUGGAUGCAGGAUUUAUAGCUGGAAACGGUGUACUACUGAUGAACAUGUUAAGUGUUCCAUCACAGAUCACUGUUAAGCGGGGAGAUGACAGUGUCUGUCAUUUUUCAGUGAAAGUAACUAACCAGGCGGACGAAACUUUUGGUGGUCAGGUAUGGAUAAACAAUACCACUCAAAAUAAUGGUAUGGUCUAUAUGGUACCUGCACCUCCGUUUUUUAAAGUCAGGCCAAAAGAAAAGCAAAUUAUUCGUAUCAUGAGAACUGCCAGUGUCCUGCCAUCAGACAGAGAAUCCUUGUUCUGGCUGAAUGUUCAGGAGAUUCCUCCGAAGCCAAAAACUUCUGAAGGACGUCAUGAUGCCGAGAAAAAAAUGCAAAUAAUACAUCGUGGAACUGAAACAUACUUGGUAAAUCCAACGCCUUACUAUUUUGCUGUAACCGGAAUAACUGUAAACGGACAACCAGUAAAACUAAGUGAUACGUACUUGUUUUUGCUUUUUGUGACAUUCUUACCGGUACAGGCGUGGAGGUCAGGAACAUGUUGCUAUCCCUAA